UUGUCAAGUUUGUUAGAAGCAUCAUGAGACUUAAGGCGCCUUGCUUAAUUUUGUUAUUUUAUAUAAAGUCGGUCGACCUUUGUACGUUAGAUUCCGGACGCUGCUGCCACAAUUAUUUCAGAAAAAAUGGAAUAUGCAAAGAAUGUCCGCCUGGAACGUUUGGUACAGAUUGCAGUUCGAAAUGUCCUUCUGGAUUCUUUGGAAAGUUUUGUCGACAAGAAUGCCUUUGUAACGCGCAUGAUUGUAAUAGUACGUACGGAUGUGCGCUCACAAUAGGUUCUCCAAGAAGUGAUUACUUUAUAGAGACUACGCCAUUGAUUACACUACCCACCACAUCCCCACUUCCAUGGAUGAGUACAACGUUUGUUUUUGUUGGGUUUACUGCUGUGUUGACCGUUGUACUUGCAUUAUACGUCCUAAGGACACGGACAAUCCAAUCAAAACGUGGCAACGGAAACACUGAAGAAACAUUAGUUUCAUACGAGGUUACCAAUUCUCAAGAUAUAGACAAUGAAGUACAGGAAAACAACGUGAAUGUUUUACGUGUGCAACAUAAUCAUAGGAUAUCAACGGCUGUUCCUCAAUUACUUAAGCGAUGUACUUCCUACAAAGUCUAUAAUAGAUCUUGGGCAGAAGAAGCAGCUGUAUCUGUUGAAAGAGAAUCCAAAUGCGAGCAGGAUGAGUACGAUGAAUGUAAACCUGUCGACGAGAGGUCUAUAAAUGAUAACCUGAUCUCAGAUAAACCUAGAAAAGCAAGAUCGACACAAUAUAAAACAGUUGACAAAGCUCGAGUUUACCCGGGAUCAAAGCUAAGACCGUACAGUUCUGUUAAACACAAUAGGUAUUCAAAGAAUGGUCGGAAAAACAGUCAAGAAAGAGGAAGGGAGACUGUUUGUGAAUCCAGUGAUUUAUAUGACGACGCCUUUUCAAAAAUCAAAGGCAAUGACUACGAGGACAUUGGAUUGGUCAGUAGAUAUGAAGCAAGUAAUAGUGAGGACAAGUCCGACGAAGACUGUCUCACUGAGUCUAACAUCUCCCUUACUGAAGAAGAGGAAGACACAAUGUCGAAAGAUAAAGAUAAAAACAUUGUUCCAUUACGGAAAACAGAUGAGGGCGCAACAGAAAAUAUAUAUACUUCGUUAGAUUUGAACAAAUGCGAUAAGUUAGAUGUUAAUGAAUAUGAAACCGAAAGAUCGGCUUGCUAUGAAAAUGAAUCAGAACCAAAUGAAUGCACAAAUCAUGAGAACCAGGAAAAGUGGAGCGACGGCUGUUCCAACUGUGUCCUUUCUCUAAACGGUAACGCCUCAUUCGACGCAAGUAAUAAAGAGGAUAUAGAAAAAGACAGUAACGGGAUUCGUUUUUAUGAAGAUAUAAUAUAAAAUCAGGAACCAGACAUUGAUAAAAACAUGAACAGUUUUGAAAAUGUUGAUAUUUGAUCAUCAAUUUAAUAACUUAUUCGUGUACAUAAUUAAAAAAACUUAUUCGUGUGAAAAAUGAUUUUUUAUUUAUAAUUCAUACAAAGGAUGAGGAUAAAUGAUAAAAAUUAUUGAAUGUAACACACAAAACAUAAUUUUUUACAAGGAGGUGUCUAUUAAUUUUUGUGUGAUGACAACAAUCUGCUACAGUCUUUUUUCUCGUUUUGCACUAUAUACUGUACAUUUUUUUUCUAAUAAACAAAUCCUAUACUUUUUAACAAUAACAAAUUUGAAAAUCAUUGAUGAUAGUAUUAUUAAUGUCAAAUGCUAGUACUGUUAUCCACGGAAGAGGAAUCAGAACAUAAACUUAAAACAUUGUUUG